AUGGAAGAAGAAAGGACAGCUGCUGAGUUACCGAAAAAUAUGAUACAGGACUCCGUGGUCUUUGAGGAUGUGGCUGUGGACUUUACACAGGAGGAAUGGGCUUUGCUGGAUCCUUCUCAGAGGAACCUCUACAGAGAUGUGAUGCUGGAAAACUUCCGGAACCUGGCCUCACUAGGGUAUCCGCUACACACACCCCAUCUGAUCUCCCAGUGGGAGCAAGAGGAGGACCUGCAGCCCGUGAAGAGAGGACUUUCGCAGGGCAUCUGUACGGGGGAGCACCGUGAAGAUUCUGAGACUCAACUUAAAACUAACGAAUCAAUUCUCCUGCAAGAUAUUUGUGGAGAAAAAAUAUCCAAUGAACAGAAGAUAGUAAGAUUCAAAAGAAAUGAUUCCUGGUCCUCCAUUUUACCUGAAAACUGGGAAUACUGUGAUAUCAAUUAUCAGAACAAAAGCCAUGAGAGGCCUUUGAGAAAUCAUAUGGUGGAGAACAUAUAUGAACGUAAUGAAGAAAACCAACAUGGACAGACCUUUAGCCAAAUUCCAAAUCUUGAUCCCCUCCAGAGAACUACUGAAACAAAAUCCUGUGAGUGCCGUGAGUGCGGAAAGGCCUUCCCGGAUCACGCAUCCCUUAAGAAUCACAUCAGGUCUCACGCUGGAAGCAAACGCUACCAGUGUAAGGAAUGUGGGAAAGCCUUCCAUUUUCUUGCUUGUUUUAAGAAGCAUAUGAAAACUCCCACUGAAGAGAAGCCCUAUGAGUGCAAGGAAUGUACCACAGCCUUCAGUUGUUCCUCAUUCUUUAGGGCACACAUGAAGAUUCACGCUGAAAAAACAAACUAUGAGUGUAAGGAGUGCGGGAAAGCUUUCAGUUGUUCUUCGUCGCUCACAGAACACAAAAGAAUUCACAGUGGAGAUAAGCCUUACGAAUGUAAGGAAUGUGGGAAGGCCUUUAGUUGCUCCUCCUCACUCUCCAAACACAAAAGAAUUCACAGUGGAGAUAAGCCAUAUGAAUGUAAGGAAUGCGGGAAAGCCUUCAGUUCUUCCUCUCACCUUAUCAUACAUAUAAGAAUUCACACUGGAGAGAAGCCUUACGAAUGUAAAGAGUGUGGAAAGGCCUUCAGCGAGUCCUCAAAACUCACUGUGCACGUGAGGACACAUACCGGCGAGAAACCCUAUAAAUGUAAGGAAUGCGGGAAAGCCUACAAUUGUCCCUCCUCCUUAAGUGUCCAUAUGAGAAAACACACUGGAGAGAAACCCUACGAAUGUCUGGAAUGUGGAAAAUCCUUCUAUCUUCCCACUUCCCUCAAUACACACGUGAAAAAUCAAAGUAGAGAGAAGCCCUACGAAUGUAAGGAAUGUGGGAAGGCUUUCAGCUGUCCGUCAUCCUUUAGAGCCCACGUGAGAGAGCACACUGGAAAGAUACAGUAUGAAUGUAAGGAGUGCGGGAAGGCCUUUAGUCGUUCCUCGUCCCUCACUGAACACUUAAGAACUCACAGCGGAGAGAAGCCUUAUGAAUGUAAGGACUGUGGGAAAGCAUUUAUCAGUUCCUCCCACCUCACGGUACAUACGAGAACUCACACUGGAGAGAAACCUUACGAAUGUAAGAAAUGUGGGAAAGGUUUCAUUUAUCCCUCAGCUCUUAGGAUCCACAUGAGAACGCACACUGGGGAAAAGCCCUAUGAAUGUAAGGAAUGUGGGAAAGCAUUUCGUCAUUCUUCCUACCUCACUGUACAUGCAAGAAUGCACACUGGAGAGAAACCCUUUGAAUGUCUGGAAUGCGGAAAAGCCUUCAGUUGUCCCUCAUCCUUCCGAAGACAUGUGAGAAGCCACACUGGAGAGAAACCCUAUGAAUGUAAGGAAUGUGGGAAAGCCUUUGUUUGUCCUGCCUACUUUCGAAGACAUGUGAAAACUCACACUAGAGAAAAUACCUAAAUGUAAGGCAUAGGGGAGUGUCUGCAAAGCUUCUUCAAAUCCUAGGCAGCUUGUGAGAUCUCAUACUGUGGAGACCCCCUACGAAUGUAAGAAAGUAAGAAAUUAUUGCUCAUCUUUCUGGAGAUUGGAGGACACCUUAGAGCAAACCCUGUGUGUAUAAACCAUGU